AUGGUGGUGAAACCUACGGUAGCUUUGAGAGGUAUCCUGGUAGGUGGAGUGGCGAUAUUUGCAAAACUUGCAGGUGCAGUGAAGGCAGCUGGUGGUGUAAAGCUAGGUGCAGCAGCUACAGCUAUGACCGUAGCUGCAACAGCAGCUGUGAGUGGAUCUAAGCAAGAUCAAAAGGGAGAUGCCUCCAAGGCACCACCACCUUCUUCUACUAAAUGA